AUCAAACGACUGCAGAGGGCGUCAAUGGCCUUAUGAUUGUUUUUUACACUGCUCAAAUUAAUCAUGUUCACUAAACAACAUUUAAUUCAAAUAUCCACUUAAUGUUUAAUAUUUGGCCAUUUCUUUACGACAGAAAAGCUACAGCUACUGUCAUUUCUUGAAUAUGUGGACAUCAAAACGUGUAAACUCAGCGUGAGGUUUGAGCAAUUAUGUUGAAAUUGCAAUGAACCAUUAAGUUGCCAUAUUGAGAAAGAUAAUGAUGUAUUCUCCUGUGAUUAACCUUACAAAUCUGAUGAAUUGUGGCGCACGUUGAGUUCCCAGAUGAAGGUUAUAAUAAACCCAAACUCACAGCAAUAUGCAGAGUUUGAGACGUGUAAAUGAUAACAUGUAAAUGAUAACAGUUCAUGUGGAGCAGCAUUUACUGUGAACGGAGCACUCAGCUGUCCAUGGAGGACACCACCUCCAUUUUGCCCCGUCUGAAGCGGAACUCCAACGCCUAUGGGAUUGGGGCUCUGGCUAAGUCCUCUCUGACAGGUGUGUCAGGUGUUACCAGAUCAAUGAAGGACAAAGUGACCAAGCCCACUGCCAUGGCUCAGGGUCGUGUGGCCCACAUGAUUGAGUGGCAGAGCUGGGGUAAACCAUCCGCAGGGCCAGAAGGGGGAGCGGGACGCUCCAAUCUGAACCGCGAGAGGGAGAGACGGCUUGAAAAUGAUGCCUAUACUGACCUGAGUGAUGGAGAAAAAGAGGCACGAAUGGCAGCGGGCAUUUUGCAGCAGUUUGCCAUUUCUGAGGCCACACUCUUAGCCUGGAACUCUAUGGAUGGAGAGAGUUUCUGUGCCGACUCCACCCAGGGCAGCGUGGCUCACCUCAGUGAGGUUAACCAGGAGAGCAUCACCAGCAGAGACCACCCGUUGCAUCAUUCCUCUGCAGAAGUGUGGCCUCACACCUACGUCUCUCAAGGCCUUUACUGUCUCUCCUCCUCUGACGCGUGGGAGCCAAUCAGCAACGAGCCCUCGGGCGUGGCUUCUCCCACUGCUGGCUCUUAUAUCAUGGCGGGCGGGGCUUCGGGAGAGGGUUAUGAUGGCUCCACCCACUAUUUACCACAGCAGCAGCUGACACUGCAGCAGCAGAACCACCUACAGCAGCUCCAACAGUAUCAGCAGCAGCAGCUCCUGCAGUAUCAACAGUCUAUGGAAUAUCGACUGCGCAGCGCCUCCCACUCCUUACAAGCCACGCCCAACAGCACUAUUCACAGUUUGGGCCCGCCCACUCACCCGAGACUAGCUGACCUGUGGGCGGCAGCUCAGGUGGAGCCCCAUCAGGUGGAGAUGAUGGGACACAUGGGCAUGACCAUGGCCGAAAUGGGAAUGGCAGAAGUGUACGGCGAGGAAUCUGUUGUAGAGAACGAAUGCAUCCCGGAGCAGCAAGAGGAAGAGGAAGCCAAGGAGGAUGACAUAACACUCACCCUCGAAUCCGAGUCGACAUCCUUAACUCCUGCCCUGACCCCUCCGCCUCAAAGAGAGGGCUCCACCCCACCUAGGGGCAUGAGCCCAGGGCAAGCACCAGCAGAGCCAGUGGCUGAGCACAUGACCUAUGAGGUCACAUCCUGCGUCGUCCAAUCGCUGGAGGAGAAGGAAGAAGAGGUGGAGGAUGGGGCUUUUGUCAUUGUGGCAACCAACUGAGGUUCAAAAAACAAAACUGUCUGUGAAAUAAUCAACCAGUUAAGCUAUUGUAUACGCCCUUUUACCCCAGAUGUGUACUCGUACGGACUGUCACAUCAGGAACAGAUUUAUUCGUUAUUAAACGCCGAAAGAACACGCUCUGAGCGUCAGGCGCAUUUAAAGACUAAACGUGGGAGAGCGUCAAAGCUGGGAUGAUGCAUUACAUGUGCUGCUGCUGCUGCUGUUUUAUGGCGGGAGCGCGGGAGUCCAAGGCCGCUUGCGAAUGAAAACGAAGAGUGCAAUACUGAGAAAUCAAUACAACCAAAAGAAAGUGCAUGCGUUUUUUUUGUUUUUUUUGAGUAUUUAAGUGACUGAAUUAACAGUAUCCACAUAGUAAUAAUAUAUAUUGAUUUUUGUAAUAAAACUAAAAGCCAAUGAAACAAUAUGUAUUUGUAUGUAUAUAUAACAUGUAUGUACUGUAUGUAUGUUAGUAUGAAUGUAAGAAUGUAUGUGUCUUUAAAGGUAUAUUCUGAAAAAACGUUACGAAUUUGCCGUUUGCGUGAAGUGUCCCCUAUGUACCUCCACACAUUCGCACACACACACACACACUUACACAAACACUGAUGCACACACACGUACACACCCUGGAAAACAUGUUUUUGCUCUUAAUAUAUCCAAGCACAAUACUGCCCAAAUGGAAACAGUGCUGCCCUUUUCAACAUCCUAACUGUAUUGUUACUAAGACUUAUGCACUACUAUGGACAUAAACGAAUGUAUUGUAUCUUCUUAGCGACAGCCCGGUUCUGUCCUCAAGUUUUUGUUUUCUUCUGUUCUACGUUUUUUCACAUCGAUGUCUGUGUUUAUCUGCCUGGCUGAGCUGCUCAAUAUUGAUUUGCACUGAACAACAAAAGGAAAACUGAAGAGUCAUCGUCAUCAUUCUGGGAAGUUCCAUUAAGCUGCUCAUGCAAAAAGAGGAGUAAACUUUGAAUACUUUUAAUCCGUUGAGUCUGAGACUACGGGAAACCAAACUGGAAAACUCAUGGGUCCAUUUUUUGGUGAACUAAUAUGUAGGAGCCAUUUAUGUGAUGCAUAUUUCCCAUGUUAUUUAUGUUAUAGCUUUCCCUGUAGCUGACUUAAUGCAAAGAGAUAAACUCUCAUUUUACCCUCAGUAAAAUCAUGUGGUAAUGGGCUAGUUGACAUGUUCGGUCACAGUAUGUUUUUGUCACGACAGACCAUACAACUGUGCAAAGAAGUGAAAAGAAGGUGCUUUUCUGGUUAAUGCUUGCAGGCUUUCCACUAAUUAUUUAAUAAGCUGUAAUUGAAAUACCCGCUGCAGAAAGAAGUGCCCUCGACUACUAGCGUGCACAUCUCAAACCUGUGUCGAAAAUUAUAUACGCUCCAAAAGAGAGAGAGAGA